AGGAAAAUAGGGAAGAAGCAUCAAAUUUUAAACGUCUGAUUUUUAGCCCUGUGGCCGAUAUUGUCCGCUUAUAUUCAUUCGAUUGCGUUAAGUAAGGUUUAUUUUGGCGAUGCAUCGGUUUCUGGGGCUAAAUCGGCCCGACUAGGCAUAUGAAAAUGUUUGAAUGUGAAGCGGGAUCCUACGGGACUAGGCCCCUGCGUUCCAGUCUAACGCAGACUGCUUCCUUUGGAAGUUCAAGCCCAGGCUCUUUGUCUUCGGAAGACCAUGAUUUUGAUCCAACGGCAGAAAUGUUGGUCCACGAUUUCGACGACGAGCGUACUUUAGAGGAGGAGGAGUUGCAGGAUGGAGAGAGGAAUUUCCGAGCAGAGUUGGCAGAUUUGGAGAAGGAGGGCAGCAUGCCCUUGGAGGAGCUGUUGGCCAUUUACCGUUAUGAGGCAUCAGUCAGCACGGCUGCUGGUUCGAGCAUGGACAGCUCCUCUGGUGAACUGACAGAUGAGCUGCCUGAUAUGACAUUAGACAAGGAGGAGAUUGCAAAAGACCUCCUUUCAGGGGACUAUGAAGAAGAGACCCAGUCAUCAGCCGAUGAUCUCACCCCAUCAGUAACCUCCCAUGAGGCGACAGAUUUCUUCCCAAGGAGUCUCAGAUCUAACACCAUUUACGAUGGGGACAAAGAAUCAGAAGGAGAGGAGGACGGUACGAGUCCAGAGGACUCGAAAAAGGAGAUUAUGGUUGGAUCUCAGUACCAGGCUGAAGUGCCGUCACGCCUCUGCAGCUAUGAUGAAGAUGAGAAAGAGUACGAGGGUGAGGACCAGUUACUGUGGAGUCCAGGAGUGUUGCCGGAGAGCAAAGUUCGAGAUUUUCUGCGCGAAGCAGGCUGUCGGGUGACUGAUGGGAAAACUGGAGCUGUCGGAGAAGGGGGCUGCAUUCGAGACAAUGAGCAGGCAUUGUAUGAGCUUUUGAAGUGCGACUACAAUACCCACGAAGCACUAAAACGGCACCGCAACAAUGCAAAACCUUCAAAGGAUGAAGGACUACCAUGGUCUGAAGAAGAAUGCAGAAACUUUGAACAUGCUCUUCAGAUAUAUGAUAAGAACUUCCACCUCAUACAGAAACACAAGGUGAAAACAAGGACAGUGGCUGAAUGUGUAGCGUUCUACUACAUAUGGAAGAAGUCUGAACGCUUUGACUACUUUGUACAACAGAACCGAUUCGGGAAGAAAAAGUACAGCAGCUAUCCAGGAGUAACUGACCUGAUGGACCGGCUGGUUGACGAGGCAGAAGGCCUGGCCAUGGACAGCUCGCCCUCGGUGUGUUCUGGUGGCGGACGCUUGGAGCCUCCUACAGAACAGCAGCUUAGCCUCCUCAAUUCCAUCACUGCUAGUGACCUCACAGCACUGACCAACAGUGUGGCGACUGUGUGUAACCCUGCGGACGGGGCCUGCCUGGAGUCCUUCAGCUUCCCCCCUCUGGAAAACCUCCACCGCAGCAGCCUGGGCCACAGCGAGCCCCUGGGUUUCGGCACCAACGGUGACACAGAGUGCCUGAACAUGCUGGACACUGGCUUCUACCACUCGGAGCUCGGCCCGCUGAACGUAUGCGGCAAAGACUGCGAGCGACCUUCCAAAAGGCUGAAGAUGGGUCUCCCAGAGCCCCUGGUGGGCGAGGUGUCGGUGGGAGAGCUGGGCGUCGGCUUUGAGGGCCGCACGCACCGCAUCACCAGUGCCAAGAUGGCUGUUUCCGUCACAGACUUCGGGAGCUUGUCCUCCGGCGAGACCAAUGGCUUCAUUAGCCCGCACUCGCUGCACACACAGCCCGCAGCCCUGCAGUCCGAGUAAGGGCAACAUGCCGGACCAACCUCCUGUUUGACGAUGCCUCCGUCAAAUGUGUAUAUAUUCUCAUUCACUGGAAUUUUUUUUAUUAUAUAUAAAUAUAUAUAAAUAUAUUUGUGUUUUCUUUUCCUUUUUUUUUUACUAUGACAUCAGUGAUGUCUUUUAUGGUAUAGAACUAAAAUCUUGAUUUCUCAAGAGUUGAAAUAGCCAUUUAUUUUCAUUUGUUUUGUCUUUCAUUUGUUUUUCCAGUCCUCAAUUUGGAAGUACCAUAUCUCUGUGUCCAUAUACUUUGGGACCUGAAUGCAGGGUUGUGCAUGUAUGUCCUCUUCCUGGUUCAGACAAGCCUUUAAGUACCUUACUGUCGUCCAGUUAACAAAUGGCAAGGAUCCCCCCAGAUCGACUGCCAGAAACAGCUUUUCUUGUUUUUCUUUUGGUACUUUGGAAUAUCAGUACUUGGCGGUACCGACAUAUGGCCACGCCCCUUCUGACGUAGUGCUCUCUGCAUGCUGCUCUGGCCUGACUCCCCAAAACGGCACGCAUUUAGUGCGAGAACUUUCUGCAAAUUGAGAAGCACUUCUGUUUAUUAGUCUGGAAGUUACUUUUUGUUGCUCUAUUUUUUUUUCUUUCCUUUGGUCUCCUGAGUGGACUACAGAAAAGGCUACAGGUUCCAAGGGAUUUGAAUCUGCUGGGUGAUCCCACCCACAGUGGACAUUUACCUCACUGCCAGAUCCUCUUUGAGUUGGCUGUAAAUUAGACAUUUUGAUUUUUACAUAUAUAUUAUAUAUAUCUGACACAGUUUGUUUUAAAUGAGGUGGAAUGGGGAAAAAUCAACUAUCUGGUUGACUUACAGCUUCUUUUUUUUUUUUAGCUCUCUUGAUCAAAGAGAAUAACAUUGUUCUGUUGUUUUCCACAUCUGGUUUUGUUGUUCCUCAGAGCAGAAGCUCCAAACCUCUCCUUAGGGAAACCCUAGCCAUUCCACAUGUGUGUAUGGGUGGCCAAAUUUGACUAAUCAGCCGAUCAUCUGCAAGCCUGUGAUUAGUUAUAGUAUGGGGUGCUGUAGGUGGGAUACAGCUACCAUGUGGGAUGGCCAGAGGGCGCUCAAGGAGAGCUAGGCGGCACUGCAUUAGGAGCUGAAAUGCAGUGUGUCGUAGCUGUAGGAGUCAUGUGAACGGGAGCUGGAUCGUAUCGGUGAAUGUUGCCUUUUACCCCAUAAGUUAGGUGGUCAUUUGGGAAUCGGAAGAUUUCCUCACAACAGCAACAUUUAAUCUCUUUGCAUCCCACUGCCCUGGUCAGUCUGCCAGGCUGUGAUUGCAGAUACACCACUUUGCCUCCUAGCUGCAUAUGGUACCGAAGGAGCAUCUAUACAAUGGCCUCAGUGCCUAUUUAUUGUUAAGUCUGCCCCCACCCCCCACCUGUGGUUCACAUUUGACUUGUAUGCAGCCUGAGACCUUAAGGAGCCUCUAUAUGUCACUCUGAGGAAAGGCAAACCAGCGAUGUGAGAGCAGCUCGCUACAGGCGUGUGAUUCAGUCAGAAUAUUUAUUGUUGGUUAUGGCAUUUUGACGCAUUUUCUUGAUGGCUAAAACUCUUUGAGGCUUUUUAUUUUGAGAGGGCGGGGAGAAAAAUCAAAGGUUUUGCUGUAUGAAAAUGCGCGGUUUAGAGAUAGUCAAAAGGCGGAUAUUUAUUUAUUGCAGAGUAUUAUGGACUGCACCAAGGUCACCACAGCUUUAGCCUUAGUGUUCUAUGUUCGAAUUGCUCCCCCCCAGCAACUGUACAGUGAAACAUUGCUAAAAAUAUUGGCACAUUUUAACUUCUAGUUUGUGAUGUAUAAGAAUAUUUUUACUGACUUUAGUGCUGUUUAUGUAAGUUGAUCAGUGCAUGUACAUCCUUGGUUUGUAAGCUUGUUAUGGUGAAUUGUUGGGGGGGAGAUACUUAAUGUUAAUAGUACAACUUCACAGAAAAGCCUAAGUACACACUUUGGAAGGUAGCUCUUGCUUGCCGGCAUCUCCCUUCUGUCCAAAUUACUGUCUUAUUUAUUUGUCAUUACUUGUCAGGGAUUCCCAUUCAUUCCAGUUGAAGGCUGUUGGAUCGUGAGGUUUUGAGUUCUGUCACUGUCUUUAGUUUGCAAACCAACAGGUUACUUAGGAAUCAUUACCAGUUUUAUGAAUGCAGUAUGAAUGUUAAUUUAUCUAUGCAUUUUGAGGUUGACUGUAGGGUUGGAGCAGCCCUUUCAGGGGUAUUUGAAUUCUGAAUUUUGGACAAUGGAGUGAAUAGACUUAGAAUUACUGAAAUGGUGAGAAAUUUUCUUUUGAUUUUCUUAACUAAAAGAUUCAAUAGACUUGCCAGUGUGGAAGAAUGUCUAAUAUUUGGUGAUCACUGCCAUCUCUCCAUUUUUUUACUUCACCUGUUUUGGUUGAGCCCUCCCCUCCCCGAAGACAAAAUAUAAGUAGUCAUUUCCCCUUAAUGGUGCCAUUCUGGUAAUUCUAUUUCUAUGGUGGAGUAUUUGAGACCAAUGCAUUGCUCACCAUAACAAAGAUUCUAUUGCGGAAUGGGUCACUAAAUUACUAAUGUAUAUAAUCACUGGGUAGUCUUUUGAAAAGUUGAGUAUUUGACCUCGUGAAUUUGUGUUGAGACAAAGAUUUCAUUUAAUUCCCUGUUAAGGCAAUAAUUUGUAAAUAUGUACAGAGGUUUUGUUUGACUUUGAUUUCCACCACCCCCCCCCCCCCCCAUUUUCGUUUCAUUUGCGUCAGGACAGCUUACCCAUGCAUGCUGUGAUUGCUCACUAAGAUGCACCACUAAAGACAGCUUUACCUUCAACGUAUUAAGCUAUUUUUCACCACUUUCUUUUCUUUUGAAAGCUUUGCAAUCAUUGUAAAUGCCCCCCCCCCCCCUCCCCCAUAUGUGCAGUAGCUGUCUGCUAAAAAGGCAUUGCGGAUGCGCUGUGCUGUAGAGUAAUAGGGUGUAUAAAGUGCCGAUGAGAACGUUUCCAGCUGUCCACUGAAACAAGUGAUCUACCACAAUAUAUACGCAAUUGUGGUUUCCGUCAUGCCUCUUUAAGGGGUCACGCUGUUACACCGGGUUCUGAGAUCUGGAUCCCACAAGUAGAGCCGGGAGGCUCCGUAUGCCUUUUUUUCACAUGCUUCUGGAAGCCUCUUGGCAUGACCAGGGGUGGGAUUCGGUCCUUUCUUGCAGUAAGGCCUUUAUACCAAGUGACGGCGCAUCCAGUUUUUUGCAAAAACUGACACGAAACACUUCCAUAUGUCUGUGUACUCUGCAGGCUCUUCUGCGAAAUGUGAAGGCUGACUCUCUCUCGUGCUGCAAAUUGAAAUAGAUUGGCUGGGUUUUGAUCCAUGCAACACUGAAGUACUGUACUUAGUAUUAGGUUGCACCAGUGUGCCCCAUUCUUACUGUUAUAUUCCAACACUAUAAAACAGUACAUAUUCAGCAAAAGGUGCAGAUUUGCUGUGUUUUACAUUAGGACAGCUGAUUGAUCAAGUUGUGGUCUCGUUGCCCUGCUUCCACUGAGCCCGUUAGCCAGGGCUAGAUGGAGUGACCACAGCAGCACACCGGUCAAGGCGCUGCGUUUUGUGUACAGGACAGAAACGUUAAUUCCACAUUUUGUGUUUGAAUCGAACAUCUGUUGUCUACCAACUCUGGGUGCUAAAUUUGCUGUAUUGAAUAAGACUGAUGGAAAUGGCAACAAAGGAAGUUGUUUAACUUCUGACAUAAUUAGAAGCCAGAACGACCUGCUUGUUUAGUGCCUGGUGUUUGUUGCGGUACUUUUGCUUUUCCUGGAAUUCCCUUUUUUUUUUUUUUUCUUCCCAUUUCCCUUCCCAACAUUAAAUUUACUUGGUUGUACCUUAGUACCAGUUGUUGGCAGAUACAGUGUACAGUUUGGUCACUUAGGUUGUGCAAUUAUUUCUUCGUCUUUUGCAAGGACUGAUUGAUCGCUAGCUUUAGCAAACGUAGUGGUGCAGUGGUAUUUAUUUUAUCCAAAGUUUGUACGGAAUGGUUAUAGAUUAAAAAAAAUUCAGAAUGUAAUCGUAAUGGCAUUUUACCUGUAGGGACGUAUGUGUCUAUUUUAAACCCUCCACUAAAAUCAGUCAAAUGUGCUAUUUUAAAGGAAUAUUUAGUACAAGAUUUUUUUAUUUUUAUUUUAUUUUUUUGCCUAAACACUAUUUUUAAUUUCUCUUAUUUUAGAAUUUAAAGAAGCAAAUACAGUCAGUAUGGUUAUGAGCAUUCUUGGUCUGAGUUCAGAACCACCUUUGUGAAUUACACGAAACAAACACAAAUAUAUAUAAAUAUAUAGAGAGCCAGAAAUAUAGACAAUCGAAACUGCAUUUAAUAUCUGAAAUGUUCAAGACAAAAUCUUUAUUGUUUAUAAUAUUGUACAUAAACACUGAAUUGUUUUGUUUUGUUGAGCAUUAUUUUGUAUUUUCUGUUGUACUUUAAUACCUUGUGUACAGAUCCAGAAAUAAAGCUCUGGAAAUCUUA